CAUGCGAGUGAUGCAAUCGAAUUUGCUCGAUGUCGCAGGCAGUUUUGUGCUGGACCGUCAGUUGUCGAAGCAACCAUCGACAAAUCUGAAAGGAAACAGAUUUCCCGCCACCGUCAAUGUGUUACUCGUGUUCAUUUCGUAUUCGUUAGAGGCUGCUAAAGUGAAACCGGGCAUCAGCGUGACGAGUGUGUCCUGGGAUUUUAUUUCCACGGCCUUGCUGCUAUAAACAGCUCACCAUUCGGCAACUUCACGUUUUACAACUGUCGCUGCUGCCCCACCCACUUGUAGAGGCCUUUCCUCCAUCUCACGCUCUGGACUGUACAAGAAAAGUUAAAGUGAUAAUUAAAACGAAUUAAAACGGAAAUUUUCCCCCAAAUCGCCUAUAGUUUGUCACCGACAUUUCUGCUAUUCCGUUAACAGUUUUUCCAGAUAAGGGUCUAAAAAAUGUCCAUCACGGAUGCCAGUACCAAAAUUUUGGAAAUUCCUGCACUUGAAAGGGACUUCCGCGAGGGAGCUCUCUACGAUGCCAGAAGUGAACGGAUGGUUUUAGGCUACAGCUUGUGGAACGCAGAUGAUUUAAAGAAAAUCGAGAUCCGCCGUAAUGACGGCACAAAUUACUUGAUAAAUGCAUCGGAUACAUUGAGCGUUAAAUUCAUGGGACUUGACAUGAGCGCUUCGGUUAAGUUCGGCAUCAUGUCAGGAUUGAUUGAACUCGGAGGAUCAGUUUCCUACCUGACGAAGCAGAAAAAUACUCGAGGUGAAUGCAGCGUUCAAGUCCGAUGUUUCUUCAAAACGGGAUACAAAGAAAUGGGCAUGGACCAGUUGACAAAUAUUCGCUAUCCCGAUGUUGCCAGGACUGGACACAACAACACGGCCACUCACUUUGUCAUGAAAAUUCAAUACGGCGCCGGUGCCAUUUUCACUUUCACCAAACAAUUUCAAAGUAGCAAAAAAGAGGAGCAAGUCAACGCUAAGGCGGAGCUUAAUAUUUGUGGCCAAAAAAUCCUAAGUGUGCUGGAUGGUAGUGUCGAAGGAAACUAUCGAAAUUACUCAAGUAAUAGUCAGAUCAAAUGCGAAUUUAAAAGUUUCGGUCUGUCCCUGAGAGAAGCAUUACCGACCACGUACGACGAGGCUGUCAGGUUUGCUGGCAAUUUUGGACGAAUGGCCCACCAAUCGAUGGCCAGACAUAGAGGCGAGGCACUCGGUAUACCUUGUAUCGUUUGGCUAAAGCCACUCGUGGCAAUGCCAGGCUGCGCUAACGCACCGAAACUUCAUUGCGACUUUACUCCUGAUCAGGCGUGUAAAUUGAUCAAGUUUUUUGAAGAUUGCGACAAACUUAAAAGAGAUCUCGAAAUGAAACUUGUGUCCAUUCCAAUAGAGGCUAGACGGUUUGGUAUAGAGCGGGAAGAGGCACCUAUUUUUAGUUUUUUAGUACCAAGUUUUAGUUUUCCUUUCCGAUUGGUCGAUUUAACUGAUCACGCUGAAAUCGAAGCUCAAGUUAAUAAAUGUAAACGAGAAAUAGAGUCCGUUACUGGAUUCCGCUCCAAAAGCAAACAAAAAUUAAGAGAAGUGUUGGUCAAAAUUCGCAGCGGCACUAUAGCCUCUCCUCUUAUUUAUCUUGAACAAGUGACCCAAUCCUUGGCAAAUCAUCUUGACGCCAAAAUCCAACAAAUGAAUCCAACAAAUGUCAAGAAAUAACCGAGUUGGUUAUUCCACUCCGCUCCGACGGUCUAACAAAAUUAAGAGAAAUGAUUGUCAAAAAUCCGCAGCGGCCUUAUCACUUUUGAUCAUUUCAACCAAAUGACAAGUUCAAUCACUAAACGUCUCGACUCUGUCAGUGGGUGGAUCGCGGACGAAGUCGAAUUUUUCCGUUUCAUAAUGCAUUUGCGCUAUUUGGGUGCAUAACACUAUCUAAUCCCAACAUCGAUUACAUUUAUUUGAUGAGCACCGACAAGCCGCACAACCACUUUCCCGCACAAUAUUAAUUAAUUACAUCAAACUUAACUCCAGUUCGCUUAAAUCCCUGUCUUACUGUGUACGUCAGUGCCUAAUCGUCUUUGAUUCAUAAUACAAUCGUGUGACAUGACAUGUAAUUUUAAAUCAAGUUAUAGUCCACGAGUGCCCUACUAAUUCUAGAAUGCAAAUCUUCCUCAAGGGGUUGACACUUAGCAGUUCUUUGGCUUAUCAAUAAAAUUGUUUAUAAAAUUAAA